GUGAGAGGCACCUGGGUGAAAGCCCAUUGCACCCCCGCUCCCCCGAAGACCCCCAGUGGCCCCUAGCAGGUGCGGAGCACCCUGCCGACCCCCAGCACAGGUCCCUGGCAGGGGAAAUGCCAUGGACUCAAAGGAUCCUCCUCCUGGCAUGUCUUUGGUCCUCAAGCCUGGCUCAAAACCUGGCUCAAAAUCUAGCAGGUGUAAGGGGAAUAACACGGAGCAUGGCGCUGAAUGCUGUGGAUGACCAGUACUUUGGAUGCACUGAUGACAUGGAACGUGAAGCACCGGCCCUGCUGCAGCAAGAGUUGAAAGGAAAUUUCCAAUUUAAGGGGCAAUGGGAGAACGCAUUAAGGAAACGGGAGGAAGUGAAUGCAGAUCUUGCUAUGCCCCAAGACUUCAAAGAUCACGGGACAGCAGUAAUAGUGUAUACCGACAAGGGCUUUCACACGGACUUCAUGAAUGCAGUGAAGACGAAUGGCAAAUCUUCAUCUUAUUACAAAGAAAAUUUCAAGUUCAAAGCCAUCCAUUACUACUUGACAAGAGCUUUACAGCUCCUCGGAGAGAAUGCAGAGUGGAGGUACACGGGUGUGGUGUACAGGGGAAGUGAGAACUGGUAUCAGUACAACAACUCUGAAAUCAUCAGGUUUGGGCACUUUGCCUCCACAUCUUUAAAUAAACGCAUUGCUAAGGAAUUUGGCAACACCACGUUUUUUACCAUCCAAACGUCCUUUGGGGUGAAAAUCAUGAACCUGUCACUUCAACCCUCUCAAGAAGAAGUGCUAAUUCCUGUGAAUGAGGAGUUCAUUGUGUCCCCAGGAGGGGACGGGAACAACAGCUAUGUCCUCAAGAGCACCGGCCGGGCCUGCAGCUAUCUUAACUGCGCAUACCUGGGGACUUCGAGCGGAGGCAUCACCUUCCACGGCCAGAUGAGGCCUUCACUGCUGGGAGGAGCCGUUCUCCUGCUCAAUGCUGCCGCUCUCAGGCUGUUUGCUGGAGCCUAAAUGUUCAGUCGUCCUUCGCUUUUCAUCCCUCAAACAGAGCAUUCCCCAGGCACCGGGCUAGUCAGCCAUCCAAAGGGACAGGAGAAGAGUAAAAGCAUGGUGCUGAUACUUCCUUUCACCAGCUUUGAUGACAUGUUGCUAUGAAGGGAAUCAAAGGAAAAGACCUUUUGUUCUGAAUGCAUCUUACCUGACAGGGCAUGAGCCGUGGCUGCAUGGGUGCUGAAUGCACCGUGGGUGCUGUAAUCACACAUGCAGCUCCGGAUGACCUCAUUAAAAGAUUGCAAAGCUGUGAGAGUCAGAUGAGUCGUCUCCUUAUGCAGUGAUGUGAUGGCCCGUGGUCAAGGGCAGCAGUGUUGUGCUGUCCUGGAUUUAUUCAGUCAUUUCAUCUCUUUCACACUUUCAUGGCAAACAUGUCCCAAAGAUGAGAUGUCUGAUGUCAGCUUUGCGUGCUCGUAGGGCACCUUCUGACCCAGGUCCCCAGGUAGGGCUACCCACUGAUGACGGGGCUGCGCAGGACUGGGCACUGUCCUCCACUGCAUGGCAGUCCUCUUGGCAGGGGAAUAUUGCUGCCACCACCACCCUUUCCUUGAUGAGGUGACCUUGCUUUACCCCUGUCCUGAGAGCCACCAGGCUGGGAUGGAAUAGGAACAGGCAGGGAGCCAACUCCUCUGAGUUGGGCUAUGAUGGCCAGAUGGUGAGGGUGUCUUUCCCAGGGGGCAUCUCUCCCCAGAUGCAGGCAGCUCCAACAGACUCUGACACAUCUCUACUUUUGGGAGCCCAGUUGUCGUGCACAUGAUGGAAAACCUUUUGGACCAAGACUGCUCAAUCCAAAAUGCAGCAAUCUCUGUCCAGAAACCUUGGCGCCUUCUCCUCACCCACAGAUCUCCCUCUUCUCUGAGUUCUUCUGACCAUGACAAUCAUAUAAGGAAAGGGAGUAAGGCACAAAGAAAGGAUUGGGCAUCCCUGCUCCU